CCCCCGUCUUUCAACCUCUACAAUCACAGAGAAACACAAAACAGAGGUAGAGAUUUCAACUGCAAGUGUUGUUUUUGUGCGAUUGUUGGUGGACAUGUCGCUGCUUUCAGAUCUCCUCAACCUCAAUCUCUCGGAUUCCACUGAGAAGAUCAUCGCUGAGUACAUAUGGGUCGGUGGCUCCGGUAUGGACCUGAGAAGCAAAGCAAAGACUCUUCCCGGACCAGUUAGUGAUCCUUCAAAGCUUCCCAGGUGGAAUUAUGAUGGUUCUAGCACAGGGCAAGCACCUGGAGAAGAUAGUGAAGUGAUCAUAUAUCCUCAGGCCAUUUUCAAGGAUCCAUUUAGGAGGGGAAACAAUAUACUUGUUAUGUGUGAUACUUACACCCCGGCUGGAGAUCCGAUCCCGACCAACAAGAGAUGUGCUGCUGCUAAGAUAUUCAGUCAUCCUGAUGUUGUUGCUGAAGUACCUUGGUAUGGUAUUGAACAAGAGUACACUUUGCUCCAAAAAGAUGUUCAGUGGCCGAUUGGAUGGCCGAUUGGUGGUUAUCCUGGUCCUCAGGGUCCAUACUAUUGUGGUGCUGGGGCUGACAAAGCCUUUGGGAGGGACAUUGUAGACUCCCACUACAAGGCCUGUCUUUAUGCAGGCAUCAACAUAAGCGGGAUAAACGGAGAAGUGAUGCCAGGCCAAUGGGAAUUUCAAGUUGGCCCUUCUGUCGGUAUCUCUGCUGCUGAUGAGCUGUGGGUUGCUCGUUACAUUUUGGAGAGGAUUACUGAGAUUGCUGGGGUGGUGCUCUCCUUCGAUCCCAAGCCAAUCAAGGGUGAUUGGAAUGGAGCUGGUGCACAUACUAAUUACAGCACCAAGUCUAUGAGGAGCGAUGGAGGCUAUGAGCUCAUCAAGAAAGCAAUUGAAAAACUAGGCUUGAGGCAUAAAGAGCACAUUGCUGCAUACGGAGAAGGCAAUGAACGUCGCCUCACAGGGCGACAUGAAACAGCUGACAUCAACACUUUCCUAUGGGGAGUUGCAAACCGUGGGGCGUCUAUCAGGGUUGGCCGAGACACAGAGAAGGAAGGGAAGGGAUACUUUGAGGACAGGAGGCCUGCUUCUAACAUGGAUCCAUACAUUGUAACAUCCAUGAUUGCAGAAACCACCCUCCUCUGGAAGCCAUGAGUGCUAAUCCACUCACAUUCACUGUCAAAGAUUGUUGUUAUUGGCUUACUUUGGCAUUAGUAGGGAAAAAAAAAGUGGUCAGCAGUUGUUUGCUCUCUCUUUUGAUUCCAAUUUGGUGUAGCUUCGUGGAUUGGCUUUUUGUGGUUUUGAGUUGAGGUGGGCUUGUUGCUUCCUUGGCUUAUGGUUCCACUUUCAUGUUUCAAUAAUUCAAGCACUUUGUAUUACUAUUCAAAAUUAUGAAAACUCUCUUAUUUCUUAUAAGAAAUAGCUGAACAUUGUGCUUCU